UAGCUGCCGGUCGCGACUCGCGAGCAGAGGACGCAGCUGUCACGCGCUGCACCAACAGUCCAUCGAGGCCAAUCGGUUCAAAUGAGGAUUUGGUCUUAAAAUGGGAAUUAAUUUAUAAUCCUAAACAAGUAAAAUAGCCAUUCGUGAACUUUAAGUCGUAGCCUGGCGUGUAUCGUGCUCCUCGUGUUUGGGUUCGGCGUGUUACCGGGGAGACUGUAGUUGAGAAAAAAUUCCACACUCUGAAGAAGUGUGGUGGUUGUCUUAAGAGCAUCCUUAAGGAAUCUAAAAGCACUUGGACAUUGUUUUACAACUGCGAACUGAAGCGGGCGUCGUCAUAAUAUCCAAUCCAAACAUGGUCACCACAAAGGAAACGGUUCUGAACCCUAAUGCCAAAGUGUGGCAGGAGAUUCCUGCCCACCAGAAUGAUAUCUCGGAGGGGACAGAUAAUUCCUCUUCGCUGCAUACCUAUUCUCACAAUCCUGACAUGACUGAAGAGUACCCUGAUGUUCUCUCUCCCGCGGGAAAAGGAUGCGACUCUGACUUUCCUGACAACACUGACUAUGCCUGUGUGCCAACAGAGGACAGUGUGAAUGAUACUGACACAUUUGAUGUAGGGUAUUUAGCUAUUAACUCCCAAAGUGAGUCAACUGUUGAUGUCACUCAAGAACCACCGAUAUCAGAGAGUUUAAGAGAGUCUUUAAAGAAAAAAUUGGAGUUCUGCUUUUCAAGACAGAACCUAUCAAUUGACCAGUUCCUGAUAUCGGAGAUGGACUGUGAUCAGUUUAUUCCAAUCUGGACCAUAGCAUGCAUGGAGGAAAUCAAAGCCCUCACCAAUGACAUGGAUCUCAUUGUGGAUGUACUGAGAGAAUCGCCAUUGGUUCAAGUUGAUGAGGCUGGAGAGAAGGUUCGUCCAAAUCACAGUCGCUCCAUUAUUAUUCUGCGAGAGGUGCCAGAGACUACACCAGUUGAGGAGGUGGAGAAUCUUUUUAAAAGUGAACAGUGCCCAAAGGUGUUAAGUGCUGAAUUUGCACACAACAGCAACUGGUACAUAAUGUUUCAGUCUGAUAUGGAUGCACUUAAGGCUUACAGAUAUCUACGGGAAGAAGUGAAAGUGUUUCAGGGGAAGCCAAUCAUGGCCCGUAUCAAGGCAAUCAACACAUUUUUCAGUAAGCCGGGCUUCAGUAGUGUGGACCCCAGUGUGUACAACCAGCAGGCCCAGCCCCACGUUGCAUAUGGCUCCCCUUUAUACAUGCCGCAGGUGUACAGUGCUCAGCAGCAAUACCCAGUCUAUCCGGCCCUGGCCCAGUCCUGGAAUGCUACAACAAUGCCUUACUUUGAAACACCUCUGGCACCAUUCCCUAACAAUGGAUUCAUGACUGCGUACAACAGUGGGGGGAACUAUAAAGCAAAUUCAAGCAGUAAUCUACCUGUGUGCAGGAACCGGAAUCAUUUAAAGGGACAAUUGAGGCCUGGUGACCCGCUCACAUCCCCGCUAAUGGCUCCUCCAGCUCUGAUGGAUGGCCUGUUGAGACCAUUGACCUCACAGCACCUUCAGACACCUGGGACCUUGAUUGCCACCACUUCAGCUAGCCUGCCUUCCCUAACCCCUAAAAACACCAUGUCCAAAGGGGAUCUAUGCGGAGAUGGACGAGCUAGGACAAAUAACUACAAGGGCAUGAGGAGAAAAAGAGAUGAUGAACAUACUAUGAAGCCUAGUCCUGUGACAGAAGUUGAGGCACCACCUCCACCAAAUUUUGACCUGGCAGGUUCCAAUUUCCCUCCAUUGCCAGGAUGUGUGGUUAGUGUAAUGGAAGAGAAGACACCAGAAAUGCGUUUGUCUGAUGUUGUACGUGGUCUAAAAGUAACCAGUAAGGUUGUAUGCAACAAGGUAAAUGAAAAUAAACCUUCAAACAUCUCAGAACCUCUAGCUCCAAGUCCUGUUAGCCCAGAUGUGACAUCUUGUGCAGUGGCAACACAAAAACCAGCCCAGCCUGUUACAAGCAUUUCUUCACCAGUCAAGGAGAUGGGUGAGGCCAACAUUCCUAUUCCAAAGGAAAAAGUGUCAUCGUCCAUCAAGCCUGUUAAUCCAACAGAACACGCUCCUUCCACCUGUCGCUACACGGUCUCUGAAGUAGCAACUCCCCUGUUUCACACCUCAGAACAGGAGCCAAAAAAGCUGAGCUACGCAGAGGUGUGCCAGCGGUUGGCUAAGGAUGGACCACCAGCACAGACACCUUCUCCGGUUCCCCCUGCCUCUACGGUCAUUCAGCCCCUUCAAGAGCUCAAGGUUAACAGAGGGGAGGAGCCACGUGCCAAUAACAGGCAUGCUGCAGAUAAAUCAGAGAAACGUGGAGACCGCUGCCCUCCUCGUCAAGCCACGCGCACAUUUUACGGCUUUAAUCGAUCCACCCGAAAUGGAGGUGCGGGGCUGAAGAUUUGGGAGCAUCCCAGAAACACGGGGGGAAACUCAGGCAAACCCUUGUCCCCUCAGCGUGGAAUGAGGAGGAGUGGCAAGGAACAGAACAUACCCCCAAGGUCACCAAAAUAACUGAACAACCUUGAAACCAUGAUAAACUGAGACACAAACGUGUAAAUAUUUAAUGUAUGCAUAUUUUUUUUAAAAAGACUGUAAAUAGGAAUAUUUUAGGUUUAAGAUGCUUCUGACGGAAGAGUCUUGUGUGAGUUUAAUUUCUUAAAUGGUGCAUCAGCUCUUAUCUUCUGGAUUAUCACAGCAGUACUGCCUAAUUUGUUUUACUUUUUAUUUUUAUAAACCUUACUCAUUUGUGUAGUGUGAGUGGCUGGUCAAUCUAUUGCGGUUACAAAAAAUAUGUUUAUAACAUCCCCAACAACUAAAACAAUACUAGUCCUUCAUUAUCUGAAGUCUAGCAUGUAAAGGCUGAUAUAUUAGCAAGAGGAAGUGAAGCUGAAUUAGAGAUGGUAAAAUCAAAUACAAAAAUCGAGAUACCUUUGUUUGAGCAACAGAAUUUAGAAGUUGUAAUUUGUUCCUGCCAGUGUUGUUACUGUAAUUUGUCUGGUGGAGGCAUUGGAGACAAGCAACUGUCAUAAUUGCAAAGUCUUUCAGCCUUAGUGAGUUUGUCUUUCACUACUAGUUGGUUUCCAGUUAUGGAAUAAAACAGUAGCUGUCAACUUCUGAAACAAGGUUCCAUGAACUGUAAAUGCUUAUGGACUUCAGUAUUUUGCUUAUAUUGCUUUUCCACUAGGAUAUCGCUCAACGCUGGGUUGCGGUUUUAAUGGCAGCUUUGUAAAGUUCAAAUACAACAACAGUGGCAUUCUCUGAGUGUUAUGUACAUUGGUGAUUAGCAUGCAGUCACAUCUUUUCUUCCAUUGAUUUGUGCGACGAGGAUGUUUUCGUGGGCAGCAAGUUAAGGAAAUACUCUGGAAAAUGACUUUUCCCGAUUAUGGUCAAAUGCAGAGUUAUUUAAUAGCUUUGAGUGAGCUUUUGUUGGGUAUUGGCACAUAGCAAGCUGCUUGAUGUGUCCAGUUCUCCCAUUUUGCUUAACAGACCACCACCAGUUAUGUACCUUCAUUGAACAAAGUGUGACCCAAUACUUGGACUAACAUGAAACCCGGAUUAUGAAUAAAAUGCAUAUUGAUAAAACAUUUCAUGUAAAAGUAAUCAACUUGUUUGUUAGGUGUGGCUGUACAUUUAAAUAGCCUUUGAUUACUUUUGACUAUUGAAUGAAUGUUUUUGAUGGCAUACCACUUUUGUUUGGUUUUAUGUGAUAGCUAAGAUGUUUUUUUCCCCCAGUAAUAAGUGUCUUGUGUUAUUUCAGUGUUUAACUUCAGAUUCUGUUGAAUAUUUGUAAAUAGCCAUAGGUGUUAGCAGAUAAAUAUUUUGAACUUAAUCAAAUUGACUUUCGAAUCAAAUUAAUGGUCUUUUUUUAAUCUUCAGUAUGUAGUCUGGUAGUGCAAGUGGGCUUGUUAAUAACGAUGCAAGGUAUGGAGUUAAAACUUUUCAAAAUAGUCCAAAUCAUUUGGUUUUGUCUUCUGUUUCGGAUUUAGAAUCAUGUUAAAGCAAACAAGUGCCUUAUUGUUUCAUUUGAAGUGUACCCCAUCAUAUCUGAAUCGUCUGUUAUGUCUUACACUUGUCACUAUGAAACAUUUGCAUUUGUAAAUUGAAAUUACACACUGGUAUGAGAUGUAUAAUUUUUAUUUUGGAGCUCAAUGAAUGAAAAGAUUUUUAAAACGUU